AUAGAAGGGGGCGGAGCAAAGGCGCACGCCGUCCUUUCUUAAAUGAACGAAAAUCCACAGUGUCGCCCAUCACGCACGCUUCUUGAAAUCGCGUUGUAGCUGAGAUACGGUAAGAGUUCCGUGACAGUCUAUUUGUAUGCGUAGCAUAAUAUGUUAAUAGGACCCGUGUGUACUAUCUACAGGUGAGACUGAGGCUUCGGUUACUCCCAUGCUAGUCUCGUCUGCACCUCCUGGAUUUGACCCGAGGAGCUGACUGAAUGCUCCCCCCACUUAAUACUCCUGUUGUUUGCACACAGGGCAAACUGGAUUGUGUAAGGGGAUUUGCUUGUGCCUGCAAAUGCUUACGUACUUACCAACAGUAAAUGAAAGUAGUGUUGAUCUGCAUGGUGGAAGUGCACCUCUGUUAUGUUCCAUUACUCUUUACUGAUAGUUCCACACCUGCAAACAGCACCCACUGUGUCUGUGGUUAACCAAAUAUGUUUCACAAAAACUGUCAGUGUAAAUAUGUGGAUACUAAUGUUUUCUUCUUAAGUUUUCACAGGAACUUUAUGUAGGCAACUAGUUUGGAUAAACUGCAAGAGUCAAUUUAGCUGGCUUGUGAAUCAUGCAAACUUCAGCUGUAAAAUGCAAAUGAGUGAUUGUAUAGCAGCAAUGUGACUUGUGUUUUGAUGUCAGCCCACUGAGCAUUUUUUGGUCUAAAUGAGGUCUAAUAGAUGUGUAAAUGUAGCCUAGAUGACUGGUCUAAAAUCAGGCUACCACAGGUCUAAAAAUGAAAGUUUUCUAGAUGUCUAAAUUUAGACCAAGUCUAAAUCUGGGCUGUAUUUAUACUACACUGUAUAUUGCUCAACGGCUAUCAUAAUUAUUUUGGUUAAGUACUUAGAGAUCAGUUAUACAACUCACAGUUGCUUUUUGAAAUAGUUAUCAAAUAAUGGGUUGAAAUGCAACGUAUAAAAAUAUACAGAAUCUAGACGGUCGAAAUUUGGUCUAAAAAAAUACUAGACAUCUAAUAGUGGUCUAUUGCUCAGUGGGGGGGUCACUUUUAAAAGUUAAACUCAGUUGGGUGGAAACUCUCUGAUUAUGACUCUGUCCUCUUUACAGUCAAAAAGCCAACAUGUCUGAGAAGAAGGCCGUAAUAAAGAACGCUGACAUGUCUGAUGAGAUGCAGCAGGAUGCAGUGGACUGUGCGAUGCAGGCCAUGGAAAAGUACAACAUUGAAAAGGAUAUUGCUGCCUAUGUUAAAAAGGUAUGUAAGAAUCGGCUCUUUAGAUAAAUCUCCCAUUCUCAGAUAUAACAUUUAUUCAGGUCACAUGAAAAGUAGUACAGUGCUGGGCUCACAAUAACAGAGCUCCCAGGAUCUCCAUCACAACGAGUGCCCUUAACCUUAAACACAACCGAGUAUCAUUGGCCAGCUAUCUCCAACAUGAAUAGGCCAACCACUGUUCACACAGUCUCACUAAACUGUUCUAUGAAAUAUAUGUGUGUGUUGUUGACCUUGAGGCAUGUAACUACUGUCGCAAACCUGUCCAACAGAACAAAGAGAGCCUUAUGGCACAUCAGGUUCCUCCUUAUCAAAUUAGACGUCAUAGUGUUCUGAUUAAAUGAAAACAACCUGUGAGUAAAUGGAAUUGUAACAGGUACUCUAGAUCUCUUCAAAAUAACCAUCAGAGCUUAUUUGUUGGAUUUAUUCCUUUUUAAUGUGCUAAUAAUUUUUUUUUCCACCUGUAGGAAUUUGACAAGAAGUACAACCCCACAUGGCACUGCAUCGUCGGGAGGAAUUUUGGCAGCUAUGUGACGCAUGAGACGAAGCAUUUUAUUUACUUCUACCUGGGUCAAGUGGCCAUUCUACUGUUCAAGUCAGGUUGAGUUCAAAACCAUGCUGUGAUUUCACUACUUUUAAUUCAGCCUUUACUUUGUGCCAUUCUGUGCAUUUUCUGCGCACCCUUCUCAGACAUGCACACCUCCUGGUCAUCUGCAUUUUUCAGCCAGUUAAUGUCUGUGACCUUCAACUCUACCGCAGCCAGACAAACUGUGCUUUAGUCAUGAUUAGUCUGUGGAUGUGCUGUUCAUGUAGAGAAUGCAUAUUUGUAACUACUCCUUGUGCCAGCUCUAAGUGCGAAUUUGCACAUGUGACAGACUCAUCCUAAUUCAUCAUUUCUGAGGGUUCUUUUUGCUGUGCUUUGAUGCACCGAUUGUACAUUUUUUUUCAUAUGGAUAUAUUGUAUAAUAAUUUAUUUUCUUGUAAUUAAAAUAAGCAACAGAGUUUUUGUUUAAGUGUCCUGUAAGAGAUUGAAUUAGAUGCCAAGGCUGUUGCUUACACUUAAUAAUAAAAUAUGACCUGCUAAGAUGUCAGGUUUUGUAUGUGCUUGAACAUUCCUGUUUUCACUUCAUUUGAAGAGUAAAUGUUGAACAAUUUUGAAGUGUCAUCUGGUAUGGGGUUUGGUUCUGUGAUAGUUAAUCAUGUUAAGCACAAAAGACCUUUUGAGAAAGUAAAAUUGGUUAAAACGUG